UGUAUACUCAAGCUUUAUAACUCCAUGGACAACGCGGUCUUUUGUUAACCAUUAACGAUAGUACAGUUGUGAACACGAGCUGAUUCAGCUAGCUUUUGUUGAAGAAGAAAAGGUUCUUUAAUCUGGUGUUUCCUUGAUUUCCUUGGUUCAUUUUCUUUAUACACAAGGCGAAAUUAUAAUUUGUUCAUCUGUGAGAUGGGUUUGAUUAGGGGUCCGAAUAUGAGAAGUGGAGAUUACCUGGAAGGGAUGCUAAGUGAUUAUGUGGGAGGAAAGGCGAAGCUAAAGGCUCACAAGAGUACUUCAGCGAAACUUGUAACUGCUCUCACAUGCCUUCAAUUUGCGUUUGCAGUGUAUGCAACAUUCCUUUUGUAUUACAUGAGCCCGGCUGUGGAUUUGCGGACCAAACCAGACUUUACAUGGGCGACAAGAAUAGCGAAAAACUGGAGACAGUUCAUCAUCCCGCCACACUUUGUUGGUCACUACCAAGAAGCUGCUAAUUAUCUUGUUCAAGCUGAAAUCGUACCCAUUACUCCAUCAGAAGUUUGUGAGCACGAGAAGAUUGAUUUUUCGCAAAAGAAGUCGAAUGAUGCGCACAUGAUCAAGCUGAAGAGGGAGUUAUAUGAAGAGAUAUUGGAUUUUCAGAUGAAGUCUGUGGGUACCGAGAGUCUAAAAGAGCUCAUGGCAAUGAAAUCUAAGUGGGAUUUGCGCGGUCCAAAUAGACCGAAAGUGACAGUAAUCUUAAACCAUUUCAAGAGAAAAACACUUUGUGCACAACUUGAUUCAUUGCUUCAACAGACGCUUCCGUUUCACCAUGUUUGGGUACUUGCAUUUGGGAGCCCAAAUGAGCUCUCAUUGAAGAGAAUUGUAGAUAGCUAUAACGAUUCAAGAAUCAGCUUCAUUAGUUCAAGCUAUGAUUUUAAGUACUACGGCAGGUUCCAAAUGGCUCUUCAAACUGAAGCUGAUCUUGUAUAUAUUGUCGAUGAUGACAUGAUUCCAGGCAAAAAAAUGCUACAAAUUUUAUCACAUGUAGCAGGGACAGAGAAGUACAAAAAUUCGGUUUUGGGCAGCAUCGGAAGGAUCUUGCCUUUUCGACAAAAGGACUUUACCUUUCCAAGCUAUAGAAAGUUCAGAUCAAAAGAGGCAGGACUUUAUUUGCCUGACCCUGCUUAUGAUAUCACAGUUGAUAAAAUUGUGCAGGUGGAUUUUCUUUCUAGCUCAUGGUUUCUAUCUGCAGAGCUCGUUAAAACUCUUUUCAUCGAGACGCCUUUCACCUUCAUGACCGGAGAAGAUCUUCAUCUCAGCUAUCAGCUGCAGAAGUACAGAGAUGCAGGCUCUUUUGUUCUUCCAGUUGACCCUAAUGACAAAGAAACUUGGGGUGACAGUGAACACAGACUUGCUUAUGUUUCCGAAACCACUGUAAUUUUCAAAGAUAUUGUUCAAGUCCGAGAUGACCAAUGGUGGAAAGCAUUUUCUACUGGUUAUAUAACUCAGUGGGCUGCAAUGCACCCUCAAAAGAUUGAUGCACUCUUCUAUGCUCACUCUGUUGAUGAAGUUCGUGCACUUGCGCCCCUUCUUGAGAAAUUCAGAUCCACUGUUGGCAAGAAGGCGUACAUUGUUGUAUCUGGAGGCAAAUUUUGCCCUUGUGAAGAUGCUGCCUCUGCUCUCAAGUGGCCUAAGUUGGUUUGUAAAGAGCGAAGAUUUAAGAUAUUCGAUUUGGCAGUCGGGGCGCUGUCGGACUUAUCAAAAUCAGAAGUGCCAGUGGUGCAAGCAGUGUACUCUAGUAUGAAGGGAUUGAUCAAAAUUCACAACCCCAGUGUGGUGAUCACAGUUUCUGACAUUGAUUCUCAUGUAAAGAAAGCUUUGAAGAUGGCAACUGAGACUAGUUCAAAUGCCACAACAUUGGUUCUUUUGCCUAGGCCUUCUGUUCCAAAGGUUCUUUGGAUGGCUGAUCUAAGAUCAACCGCACUACCAAAUUGGAACCGGAUGCGGAUUUCUAUUAACAUAAUUACACAAAACCGUGUUCAAUCAUUGACAAGGCUUCUCAAAUCUUUAAGCAAUGCAUACUAUCUUGGGGAUGAGAUCCCAAUCAGCUUCAACAUGGAUAGUAAAGUGGAUGAAGCAACUAUAAGAAUGAUAAGCUCUUUUGAGUGGCCUCAUGGUCCUAAAACACUCAGAAGGAGAAUCAUCCAAGGAGGCCUAAUUCGCGCAGUGAGUGAAAGUUGGUACCCUGCAUCUGAUGACGAUUUCGGUCUCCUUCUUGAAGAUGAUAUCGAAGUUUCUCCUUACUACUACUUGUGGAUCAAAUAUGCUCUCUUGGCCUACCACUAUGACCCUCAAGUUUCAUUUCCAGAGCUCUCAUCCAUCUCUCUUUACACUCCUAAAUUAGUUGAAGUAGUCAAAGAAAGGCCUAAAUGGAACCCAACUGAAUUCUUCAAACACAUUCACCCACACACACCAUAUCUCCACCAGCUACCCUGCAGUUGGGGUGCAGUUUUCUUCCCUAAACAAUGGAGAGAAUUCUAUGUUUAUAUGAACAUGAGGUUCACUGAAAACGCCAAGGAAAACCCGGUUCAAAUCCCAAAAUCUAGAACAAAUGGAUGGCAAGCUUCAUGGAAAAAAUUCCUCAUUGACAUGAUGUACCUUAGAGGCUACGUCAGUCUGUAUCCAAACUUUCCAAACCAAGCAAGCUUUUCGACAAACCAUAUGGAGCCAGGGGCUCAUAUCAGGGCGAAGGACAAUGUUGUUCAGCAUGAUAAGUCUGAUUUCGAGGUGCCACUAUUGAAGGAUGAUUUCAAAACGUUGUUGCCAAACGGAAAGCUCCCGCCUGCAUCGAAAUUGCCAUCGGUAAACUUGUUCAACCAGCCCGUUUCUCUGAAGGGUCUCAAGGCUGCUGGUGCCAAGUUGGGUCAAGAUGUUCUAAGUUGUGACAAUGCCACGGAGAUUGUUGUUGUUGAUCAUCAAACGGGUCUGCCACAUCGCUGUGCAAAAUUCUGAUGAUUAUCAAUUGUGAUUACUGAUUACUAAUUCUUUGUUUCUUUCAGAAAGAUAUAUAGUCUUGUAAUUUUUGUAUUUCCUUUAUUUUGUUGAUUAUGAUUAUUGGAGGGAGGGGAAAUUGAAAUAAUUGUAGCCAAAAGUGGCUCUCAAAUUUGUCAUUUGUCCCCUAAAGAAAGGCAAAUAAAAAAUAUAU